AUGGCCCCACUGUGCCCGCUGCUGCUGAUCCUGGCGCUCGUGGUAGCCCCGGGCGUCCGCGGCGCCUGCCCGGUGCCGGCCGACCUGAAGAACGCAGACGGCACGCGCACGUGCGCCAAGCUCUAUGACAAGAGCGACCCCUACUACGAGAACUGCUGCGCCGGCGCCGAGCUGUCGCUGGAGCCCGGCGCCGACCUGCCCUACCUGCCCUCCAACUGGGCCAACACCGCGUCCUCGCUCGUGGUGGCCCAGCGCUGCGAGCUCACGGUGUGGUCUCUCCGCGGCAAGGGCGGAAAGACGCGCAAGUUCUCAGCCGGAACCUACCCGCGCCUGGAGGAGUACCGCCGGGGUAUCUUCGGAAACUGGGCCAACGCCAUCUCUGCACUCUACUGCAGGUGCCGCCGCGUCGUCGCCCACCCCGCGCCCCUUGAUCCGCAUCCAGAGCUGAUCAGAUCUCUGACUCAAAGUGGGAGACCCUAG